CUUGCCUGGUGGUUCUUGAUGGCGCGCCGUGUGAGGGGCGUCACAGGCCCGGUUGCCAUGGAGACGCGGUGGUUUGGAGGCGGCCCGAGAGGCUGGAAUGGCGGAGCGGCAUGAGCGCUGGCCCAGCCCGGCGGGCAGCCACGGCGAUGGCGAUGGCGACGGCGAUGGCGACGGCGACGGCGACAGCGACAGCGACUCGGUCGCUGAAAUGAUGGAUCUCAGUGGUAGGGGACUGGUGCAGCUGCCCGAACACGUUCUCCAAAUGCCCUGGUUGAAGAAUUUAUAUCUUGAAGGAAACGCCUUAUCUGAACUUUCUGAGGACUUCUUUCAUCGAUUGCCAAAUCUUAUCUGGUUGGAUCUACGAAACAACAAACUCACAAGUCUUCCUCUUUCGAUUGGAGACCAUAGUAAAAGCCCCCCACCUUUCUGCUUACCGCUCGCUCCGGUGUCCCUGUCCGCUCGUAUCGUCCUGAAACCGGUGAAACUGAUCAGAGAAUCGGACGUGUUUUCCGUCAACCACGUCUCUGUCAGGCUAACGAUGCUGCUCACCCGGUACAAUUUCUGGUACCUGACCAGGGUUUCUAAUUCGUCUAAUUUGUUCGUUAGGCAGCGAGCAUUUCCCAUGGUGAUAGAUGAUCUCAGAAAUAAUUCAGAGGUACAGGGUGCAACUAACCGCCAUGACAUCAAGGUAGAUUUUGAAGAUUAUGGCAUCAAGGAUUCUGGUAAUUUGACUUCAUUAAAAGCCAUUAACCUAAGAAAAUGUCCAAUUGAGUUUCCUCCUGAUGGUGUUCUACAUCAAGGACUGGCAACCAUUCUGGCCUUCCUCAGAAAGCCAAUGGAAAGUGAAGAUGAACAUGUUGAAAUACCAGCAUGUGACACAGGAUUUGCUACUCCAUUGCAGCAAGAGGCACAGCUUAUCUUUGACGAAUACAGGAGAAAGAUAGACAAAGGGAUUCUACCUAGAAAGUCUAUCAGUGAAGUGUGGAACAAAAUGAAUUUUAGCAAAAUGCCAGUCAUAGAAAAGCUGCAUUUGAAUGCACGAGCGGAAUCAAGUUUAGAUUUCGCUAAUGAGAAGGAGCGGCAACGAUUCAAAACACUGAAACAGAAACUCAUGCAAGAAGAGGCAAAAGAAGUUUAUCUGCAGACUAGGAAAGUCUGGGGUGCAGGUUUCUACUCAACUGUGCCCAACGUUCUGAGAAAGGAAGGCUCUAAUCUAAAUGCAAUAUUUCCUGAGGCAAAAGCUUACGAUUUAUCAAUUCAGGCAAAGAGGAAGAAAGAACUCAGACUAGCUGCACUGAAGGAGCUCAAAGAAAAGCAGGCGUAUAUUGAACAGAGGAAACUAGACCAUAAAGCGUUAAUGAAUUGGAGGGAACAAACUAAGUUGUUGCAAGAAAAGAAAGAACGGGAAAGAAAGCAAAUGUCUCUACGUUCAUCGGAAAAUAAUAUGAUAGUGAAGAAUGCACCAUUUGCUACAGAUCCAAGCUACUACCCCACGGUAAGACGUGCAGAUUCAAAAAGAUCACCUGUCCAAAAACGUAACCAAAAUAUGGAAUUUGAAAAGGAAAUGGAGGAAGUAAGAGCUGCUAAAGAUCGUGACUUGCAGCUGCGGAUACAGCAGCAUAUUAAAUUGAUGCAAGCCAGAAGAAAGCAGGCGAAUGGGACACCACAAGAAGAAUUAGAGGCUGCAAAGAGAGAAUUAGAAGUUUUGAAUGCAUGGAGAAGGAAAGAGAUGUCGGGCGAUCCACUUGAAGUAAAGAAGGAUUGUAGAGAAAAUCUUCAGAAACUAUUUACGGCACCAAAGAGCAAAAUCCAGACUAUACUAAAACAGGCCUCUACCAAAUCAGGGAAAACUGUUUAUAUGGGAGAUUGCAGACACAAUUGCAUGUUAACCAAACAUGUCUCAUCCAAAAGUGAACAUAAUUUAAAUUGGUGCACAUAUCUCUGCUACAUACUUAUUUCAUCAUUGUCCAUUUCAUCAUUUCUUUCUGUGUAAUAAAUGAAAUAUAAAUGAGAAAAAAAACUGCCUCUCUCUGGUAUGUUAUAGCUCGUCACAAUAAGUUUUGAAAUGUAGUCAGUGUAAGGGAGUUGGGGCAAGGUUGGCCUCAUUUAAGCUAGUACCAACUUCCAGCAUUUGGUCUAUAUCCCUCUAAACGUUUUCUAUCCAUGCACCUGCCCAAGUGCCCUUUAAGUAUUAU